ACUGUGCUCAUCCGAUUCGGAUCGGAGAAAUUACUAUCGAGUGUAAUAAGAUCAAGAGGAAGAAAAUCAGAUCUUCAUGUGAGCAAAGUGAGCAUCAAGUCUUAUCCCUAAAAACUGCGAAAAUUUAAGCACACCUUUGUAGCAGCAGCUUGUAACUUUACACGAAAGGAUUGACUAUCACUUCACUUUGUGUUUCACUUGUACUUGCCACACGGAAUGUGAACCAAGGAACGCGGCAUUGAAUAAAGAUCGAAAGGGCGAGCGUGACUGUCACAUAGAAGAAACGAGGCAGUUCUCGUAUUCUUAAGACGGACAGGUAUCAUUCUAGAACGAUAUCUGUCCAUCGACUACUGCCUUGAAUGGGAUGCGUACGCGUCGAGGGUCGGCUCCAGUUCAGAUCUGCGAGGGCAAGAAAGAGUGUACUUCUUCAACAUCCAUCUCUGACAUGGACGAGAUUUGUUCUGUUGGAGCUCUUUCCAUCAUCAUCAUUGGGCGUUUGACUUCUUGUACCUCUCCUCUGUAUCUCGUGUGUGAAUUCCGUCGCGUACUCGCAGACGUCGCUUGUAAAAAGACUGCGCAUGGUGCUUUUUAUCACGCAUGCUGCGGUUCCCGGGCAUUCUGGCAGGAAGUUGACUUCAGACCAGCUUGAUUGGCCGCGCUAUAUCAGCAUUUUCCAAUGAUUAGGCAACCAUCCUCUUCACUACGUUUGCUGAAAGGAUGUGACAUCGCAAUCGUAUAUGAAACACGUUGCGACAUCGAAUGUCGAGGUUUUUUUUUGGUUGUCCAGCAUCCUUCCCAAGUUACUUCUGAGGAUGAGGGUCCAUGUCAUGGGUUACACAACUCAAAGGAGACGAAUCUUCUUCUCUAGGGAGCAAGGACAUGAUUAUCCACAACCUCUGUUCUUAGCCAGUGCUCGGGAUGUCAAGACAGAGUAACCAUGCUGUGAGCAAAUGACCUUGGUUUGCACUAAGUUCUGCCACAGUUCUAUAGCGUUACUUUAUUGUAUACUAUUUAAAGUACAUGUUUUGGAAUAUUUUAUUCAAUACCACAUUGUACAACCAAUUUUUCGAAGCACCUAGCUUCCUGAAAUGUUUAAAAGAUUG